CGGGCGGGCGCAAAAUGGUUAACGCCGAGUCCCCGCGCGCCCCGCGGCUCCUCUUCGGGAAAGUGUGCGCGCCGGCGGCCGGGCACCCCCUUUGCUGAUCUGAGGAUCAGUUUGCCCGGAGGAAAGUCUGGUGGUGCCAGGGGGGAGGGAUGCCUCAGGCUGGUGCCGACUCCCGCCCCCAGGCCUCCGGCGGGGCCCCGCACCUCCCGCCCGAAGGGCGCAGCAGCGCGCGGGGCCCGGGUGCCGGCGGCGGCGGCGGCGGCGGCGGCGGCGGGCGGCGGGCGGCCGGAGCGCGCUCGGCCGGGCGGCAGCUCACUCUCUCUGCCUCCUCCUCCCCCCAGGAUUACCGAGAGGAUGGGAUGGAUCUAGGCAGUGACGCCGGCAGCAGCAGCAGCAGCGGCGGCGGCAGCAGCAGCAGCAGCAGCAGCCGCGCCAGUUCGCAGUCCAACUCCGCCAAAGUGACCCCGUGCUCCGAGUGCAAAUCCUCGUCGUCGCCGGGGGGCAGCCUGGACUUGGAGUCUGCCCUGGAGGACUAUGAGGAGCCCUUCCCGGGGUACCACAAGAAGGUGAUUGAUGAGUGGGCGCCGGAGGAGGAGGACGGGGAGGAGGAGGAGGAGGAGGAGGAAGAGGAGGACGAACGCGACGGACGAGGCUACGGGGAUGACCGCUGUCCCGCCCGGGAACCACCGGGGGACGUGAGCGCCAGGACCCGCAGCUGCAGCGGCGGCAAAGGAGCCACCACCGCCAUGCCGCCCCCCCUGCCCAACGGCAACCUCCACCCGCACGACCCCCAGGACCUCAGGCACAAUGGCAACACCGUGGUGCUGCCCGGCUGGCCCGGCGGGGCUCGCGUCCCCCGCCGGGCGGUGCAGAAGCCCCAGCUGGCGGGGGGCCUGCGCGGCCGGGGCCCCGCGGUGUCGGGGGGCCUCUACCUGCAGCCCACGGACAGCGGGACGUGCGCCCCGGAGGAGCCCCCGAUGCCCCCGAUGGACUGGGAGGCGCUGGAGAAGCAUCUGGCCGGCCUGCAGUUCCGGGAGCAGGAGGUGCGGAGCCAGGGCCCCGGGAGGACCAACUCCACCUCAGCACAGAAAAAUGAGAGAGAAUCUAUCCGACAGAAGUUGGCACUCGGGAGCUUCUUUGAUGAUGGCCCAGGAAUUUAUACCAGCUGCAGCAAAAGUGGGAAGCCAAGCCUUUCCUCUCGCCUGCAGAGUGGGAUGAACCUGCAGAUCUGCUUUGUCAACGACAGCGGCAGUGACAAGGACAGCGAUGCGGAUGACAGCAAGACUGAAACCAGCCUGGACACCCCCUUGUCGCCCAUGAGCAAACAGAGCUCUUCCUAUUCCGAUAGAGACACUACUGAAGAGGAAUCUGAAUCCCUAGAUGAUAUGGAUUUCCUCACCAGGCAAAAGAAGUUGCAAGCUGAAGCCAAAAUGGCCCUGGCCAUGGCCAAACCCAUGGCCAAAAUGCAAGUAGAAGUGGAAAAACAGAACAGGAAAAAGUCUCCCGUCGCUGACCUACUGCCACACAUGCCUCAUAUAAGCGAAUGCUUGAUGAAGAGGAGUUUAAAGCCCGCUGACCUGAGGGGCAUGACUAUUGGGCAGCUACAAGUGAUAGUCAAUGAUCUCCAUUCUCAGAUAGAAAGCUUGAAUGAAGAGCUGGUUCAGCUGCUGCUCAUCCGAGAUGAGCUGCACACAGAACAGGACGCCAUGCUGGUGGACAUCGAAGACUUGACCAGACAUGCCGAAAGUCAGCAGAAGCACAUGGCAGAGAAAAUGCCUGCGAAGUGAAGAGGAGCCAUCCCUUCUGUGGUUGUAAAAAUGCUGUUGUACAAGGUGGCGCAGAAACAAACAAGCAUCAGUGUUAGUCAUUCAUUGAUAAUGUCUGAAGCUUCAUGUCCAGUGAUUGGCCUUUGCUUCUUCUCUCUUUUUUUUUUCUCCCACAUUUUACCAGAUGAAUUUAAUUGACAUUUUCAGAGCAUUACACCCCAAAAUUGCAGGGCACACGUUACCCUCAACUGCAAACGGAACACCCUGUAGGACAGACCACGUAUUUGGCCACAAAACAAGCUUAAAUGAAUUUAAAGAGAUUUAAAUCAUUCCACACACCUCCCACCCACCCCCAACCACAAUGGCAUGAAACAAGCCAUCAAUUAAAAAAAAAAAAAACUGAAAAACACACAGACACAUGGAGGCUAAAUAACACGCUACCAAACAGUGAAUGGGCUAACAAUGAGACCAAGGAAGAAACCAAAAGAUACCUUGAUCCCUGGCUGGUGUGGCUCAGUUGGUUGAGUGCCGUCCGGUUCCAUUCUGGGUCAGGGCGCAUGCCCGGGUUGUGGGCUCAAUCCCUAGUAGGAGACGUGCAGGAGGCAGCCAAUCGAUGUUUCUCUCUCACAUUGAUGUUUCUCUCUCCCUUUCUUUUCCUCUCCUUUCUCUCUCUCUAAAAUCAAUUAAAAACAUUAAAAAAAAAAAAAAAAAAAAAAAGAUACCUGGAGACAAGUAAAAUAAGAACACAACUCCAAAUCCCCAAGACACAGGAAAAGCAGCCCCAAAAGGGAAAGCAGCAGCAACACAGGCCCAUUUCAAGAAACAAGGAAGUCUCAAACUACCAAUGGAACCUUUCACUAGAAGGCAGGUUUUGAAUGAGCCCAUUGGAUUAUUUUAAAAUGUGUACCAUGAUCUUCCUGGAUUGAUUGGUUGUUGUUAUGGCAGCAGUAUUCUUUCUUUUUUUUUUUUUUUUUUUUUUUUUUUAGUGAGUAAAGCUCAUCAAACAUAAAAUUAACCACUUUAAAAUGAAAAAUCCAGUAGUGUUUUGGUACGUUUACAAUGUUGUGCAAUGAUCACUUCUAUCUAGUUCCAAAACAUUUCGCCACCCCAAAAGGCAACCACAUCCCCAUGAAAUGGUCACUCCCCAUGCCCCCUACUGCAGUCACUGUCAGCCACUUGUCUGAUUUGUCUCUAUGGAUUCGCUUAUUCAGGAAAUUUCAUGUAAAAGGAAUCAUACAAUAGAAAAGACAAGUUUUCCCUUAAAAACAUAAAACAGUGACAGGCAGGCCCCUACUUUAAAUUGAGGAGUAAGUGCUACACAAAAUUAAAUUCAGAGCAGGAAAAGUCCAUUUCAUAAGAGAGCACUUCACCUUGAAGUCUCCAUCAUCCUACGUAGGCCGGGAGUCGAUUAAUCCCAGGUUUGUAGAAAGCCCAGGAACAGUGUCCGCCAGCUGGAGUUUUGUGCAACCCUGUUCUGGUCCUCCGUCUUCAGAACUCUCAUUCGCUGUCUUUGAGUUUGUUUUUCCUGAUGCUUGUCUUGGAUAGAUUCCUGUAGACCAAGAUUGCUACUUUCAGAACACUUUUUAGGUCGUCUUCUACAUUAGUUGGUCAUUCCUUUUUAUCUGAUUGACUUUUUGUGCCUCUAUUUAGUAAUAAAUAAAUAAAUAAAUAAAUCCCACCAUUUGCUCUGCUUUCCUGUGGAGUAAGUGAAAGUGGUUUGAGGUCAUCCUCAUGUUUGCUUCAGUGCUUGCCUUGUGUGACUGCAGCUUUGCUGCUAGAGCUGUAUUUUCACCCCAGUGACAGCGCAGUGGGGAGCCCACUGCAUUUGGAUCAGCACCAUGGUCUAACAGAAUAGUUGCCCCAUUCCUCUGCCUGACAUCGUCUGGCCUUCAUCAGAGCUGUUUUGUUGUCAAUGUCACAGGGGUGCAACAAGCGUUUCCUGUCCGCUCGGAGGGAGAGCGGCCACUGCCGGGUGGCCAUCGGCGCAGGCCAGAUGUAGAGCGGUCCUUUUUUCCUUAUCUCUAUCAUUCAAGCCACUUCCCUGAACAAGAGGAUUUUUUUUACUCUCCAUAGGUUGUCUGGGCCGGCAGCUUUGUGGAUCUUUCCCAGAUCUUUGUCUGGAAUGUGGUAGCGUGCCCUCUGUCCCCCACGCCACGCCUCCCUGGGCUGGCGGAAGAGCCCAAGGGCAACACGUGCAGCCUCCUCCGAAAGGUAAACCUCUCCCUCACACGAGAGCCCAUGAGCUUCAAAGAAGCCUCGCCUUCCCUCCAUUUUUCUCGACUCCUGAGCCCAAUACUCUUCUCUAGAUAAGCCGACCACCGCACGCCACAGCAUUCAAGCAGGGCACUUUCCUGGCCUUUGCUUCUUAAUUUAUUUUAAUUUUUUUUUUUUUUUUUUUUUUUUUUUUACUGUGCCACUAAAUAUCAGGCAUUUUAAUAAAAUAUUGUUACAGAAAUGUACAGUGCUUACACCAUCACAAAAUCCAAAAGGUAGUUUUUAUUUGUUUAGAGGUUUUCUGUUGGAGCAGUAUUUUACCAUUGACUACUUUCAUUCUCCACUGUAGUUUUAAAGAACUGUAAAUGACGGUGCUAUACAAGUCAAAAAUACAUGCCUGCCUCGUAGUGAAGUUGUAGCUCUCCGUAAUAUGUAUAUUUGAAUCAGUUUUCAACAUUUUGUGAAUGUUGACUACCUGAAGUUCAUUUUUAGAUGUGCUAUUAACAUUCUGUUGGAUUCAGAGGGUUCCUUGAAAGUUUUAUGUAUAAAUAUGUAAAAUAAAAAUUAAAACUUUGUUUCA